CCAGGAUGCGAUGAGCAUCUGCAGGUGGACAGGAUACCCACAACUCUUCAUCACGUUUACAUGUAACCCAAAGUGGCCUGAGAUUGUUCGCUACGUCGAGUGUAGAGGACUUGCUCCGGAUGAUCGUCCAGAUAUCAUUUGUAGAAUCUUCAAGAUCAAACUUGAAAUGCUCAUAAAAGACUUGAAAGAAAAUAGACUAUUCGGUGAAGUUAAAGCAGUUGUAUACACUGUGGAGUUUCAGAAACGUGGAUUGCCACAUGCUCAUAUUGUGUUAUGGUUGACGCGAAAGGACACGACUAUAUUGGCAUCAGACAUUGACAGCAUCAUCUCAGCUGAAAUUCCGGAUGAGAAAAAUGACCAUGAUUAUUAUGUUGCUGUCAAAGAGUUAAUGGUGCACGGGCCUUGUGGGGUUCUGAACAAAUCUUCGCCGUGUAUGGAGAAUGGUCACUGCACGAAACACUUUCCGAAGAAAUUUGUGAGACGUACUACAAUUGAUGGAAGUGGAUUUCCCAUUUACAGAAGAAGAGACAAUGGAAGGAGUGUAAUGAAGAAUGAGACUCUUCUUGACAAUAGAUUUGUCAUCCCUCAUAACCGUACAUUACUGCUCAAGUAUGGGGCUCACAUUAAUGUUGAGUGGUGUAAUCAAACCCGGGCAGUGAAAUACCUCUUCAAGUACAUUAAUAAGGGUAAUGAUCGGAUCACAGUAGCAUUCUCUGAGGCAUCCGACAAUCGUAAGGUAGAAAAGGUUGAUGAGAUCAAAAUGUAUUACGAUUGUAGAUAUAUCUCUGCAUGUGAAGCGGCUUGGAGAAUCUUUGGAUUUCACAUUCAUUAUAGGGACGUCGCAGUUGAACGUCUAAGCUUUCAUCUCCCUGGGCAACAUAGUGUGUACUAUAAUCCUAAAGAGUCUGUCAGUUCUGUUCUUAGACGUCCUACUA